AAACCAAGCAAACACAAUUUUCCAUGCAAAUACUAGAUUCAUCAGUCCAAAGCUUAGUGAAAUCAUGGAAGAGAAGGCAAAGAUGGCUGCUACUAUUCAACACAUCUAGCCAACAAGGUUUGAACAGCAGAGCAGCAUGGCGCACCCAUUUGGCCAAUUUCCUUGAUUCAACAUGGCUUCACGUCUUCACAAUCUUAUUGCUUAUUGCAGACCUCAUCAUCACAACCCUUGAGCUAUCUUCAUCUCUGGUUUGUUGUGAGAGGCGCAUAAGCAGCGUAGCAGAAGAAUGUUUCCAUUGGAUUGGAAUUGGUAUUCUGAGUUUUCUUGUAGCGAAGACAAUGGGUUUAAUGGUGGGGUUAGGUUGUUCGUUUUUCCAGCAUGUGGGGUAUGUUGUUGAUGGAGUUGUGGUGAUAGGAGCUAUCAUUUUGGAAGGCUUUGUGGUGGGAAGAGGAGGUGGUUUUCUGGUUGUGGUGAGUUUGUGGCGUUUCAUUAGAGUGGUAGAGAGUGUGUUUGAGCUGAGCGAUGAGGCCAUUGAAGCUCAAAUUGCAGGAAUCAUUUCCCAGUUUGAAGCUCUCAGAGAAGAAAAUAUUAGGCUCUUAGAAGCAAUAUAUGAGAAGGAGAAGAUCAUAGAAAUGUUGGAGGAAGAUUUAGAUAACUGUAGGGAUGAAAGCCCUUUAAGUAAAUCCCAAAAGAUCAUCAAAUUCUAA